UCAUUACAUAUUUUUUUCCGUCACUUUCUUAUUGGCCUUUUAUCUUCCGAAGUCACCAUGGUACUCUCCAAAACCUCCUCCGAGUCCGACGUCUCCGUCCACUCGACCUUCGCGUCUUUCAAUGUCCGGAGCUCGCUCCCGAGGUUUAAGAUGCCAUUUCCCCAGUCAGAUACAAAGUCCAUCGGUGCAUCAUCAGGUUUGAGGCAAGGCAUGGCUGGAAAUGACGAUGGUGGGAUCCAGCAGAUUCAACUGCCCGGUUGGCGUGAGCAUGCAUCUGGAGGAGUCACUGUGGUGAUGAAGGAGCGUAUGGAUGCUGGCGUCUUUGCCCGUUGGCUCCGAGCUUCAAUAUCAACCUGGAAACAACAGGGGAAGAAGCUUCUCUGGAUCAAAUUGCUCACUGAAUAUUCGCAUCUUUUCGGUAUUGUAUUGGAGGAAGGAUUUAGGUACCACCAUUCUGAAGUGAGUUACAUGGUGUUUGCCCCCUGGCUUCCUGUGACCCCCAAUCUUAUUCCUGUGAAUGCUUGCCAUGGGGUGCGCGCUAUUGCUUUUGUCUUGAAUGAUGAAAGAGAGGUGCUUGUUGUCCCAGAGAAUAGUGGAAGGUUCAAAGGUACGCGGAAGCUCCCUACUGGAGUUGUGAAUGAGGAUGAAGAUAUAUGUCAUGCAGUUGUCAGAGUAGCAAAGGAAGAGACAGGAGUAAGUAAUGAGUUUUAUGUUGUGUCGAAAAGCUAAUUCUCUGAGGCAUUGCACUUGAGAAUUCCAACUGAAGCCAUAUUCUUUUACAU